AUGACCGAGAAGGAGACGCAUGGCCAGAAGGAAGAGGCCGACAAUCUGAGGCCAUUGGUCGUCUUUGGCGUCGCUUUCUCCACAAUCUCCUUACUGAUGAUUGUUCUGGCUAUUCCCACAAUCUACGAACGGAUGCAGUACAUGGAAGUGAGGAUGCAACAUGAAUUGGAUUUCUGCAAAGGAAGGUCGCACAACAUCCUCGAUGAGGUUGUGAGAACACAGGUAAGUCUUUAUUACUAGAGCUGUUGAUCAUAGUACGCAUAAAAUUUUUAGGAAUUAUCUAAGAAAUUCACCCGUUCCAAACGUGCUUCGUCUAUCUCCUUCUCAGCCGACAGUGAGCCUGUCACCAACAUUUUGUCACAGGCCAAAGCCGGAAGCAAAAUCAUAGCCGAUGUCGAGAAGAAAUGUUGUAGUUGCGGAGUGUCUCCAAAAGGACCUCCAGGUCCUCCAGGGGCCGAAGGAGAAGCCGGUCCAGAGGGUCUUCCCGGUCCUUCCGGAAAGGAUGGUGAAGAUGGAAAGCCUCCCUCUCCCCGAGCACCACCUAAUUGGUGCUUUGACUGCCCUCCGGGUGAUCAAGGACCCCCUGGAAAGCCUGGUCCUGCGGGUCCCCUUGGUCAGCGUGGGCUUGCCGGGCAUCCAUCACCUAAAGCCCAGCCUGGGCCUUUGGGCCCACCAGGUUCUCCAGGGCCGAUGGGACCACCAGGACAGGAUGGAAAUCUUGGAAAUCCCGGUCAUCCUGGCCGUCUCGUUGAUACUCCUCCUCGAAUUGGCCCAGCUGGUCGUCAAGGACCAGUCGGAGAGAAAGGAGAGCCUGGUCCACCUGGAAUAGAAGGAUUCCCCGGCCCUCGAGGACCUCCUGGACCCAUUGGAGAUCUUGGGGAACAAGGUCCUCCAGGGUAUGAUGGGGCUAAUGGAGAGAACGGAACUAAUGGUCAGACUGGUCGAGACGGAAGCUGCGAUCAUUGCCCUCCCGCAAAGACGGCCCCAGGAUAUUAA